AUGCGAUUAGCGGCAUAUGCUGGGGUCUCGGUGACCCUGGCUGCCGGUGUGAUUCUAAAGGCAUUGCAUCAGCGAUCCAACUUCUAUGCAGCUGCCGUCUAUCUCUCCCAGAGCAGCGCCAAUCUGAUGAUAUUGACGAAUUUAUUUCUUGUCGCUACCGGAUAUUUUCUCUAUGGCGCUCAACGACUCCUAUACGGACACUUACGCCCCAUCGAGACUGAACAACUAUACGAAAAGGCCUGGUUCGCCGUGACAGAAACAUGCCUUGCCAUGACCAUAUUCCGCGGAGAACUAGGCGUCUGGUUCUUGGUUAUGUUUGUCUGCCUGCUCGUUGGCAAGGUAUGGGGUUGGAUCGGUGAAGGCAGAGUUGAGAUCCUCGAACAACAACCGCCAGCGGAUCCCCGCCUCUUCCAUGCCCGUCUUGCCGCAUCGCUCGUGUUAUCCGUCACUUAUGAUGCUCUAAUGUUGGAUUAUGCGGUACGGACUGUACUAGAGUCAGCUCGCGCGGACAUGAUGGUCAUGUUUGGCUUUGAAUUCGCUAUCCUCACAAUCUUGUCUACAUCGACCCUGGCGCGGUACGGUAUCUCACUGGUUGAAUUAUACAUCAAGUACCACCAAAAGAAGGUCAAGCUAGCGGAGCGCAGAGCUGAAAUCCGAUCAGACAGGGAACGAGCACUUCGUGAACACCGAGAAUCCGGCGCCGAAGGGCUUCCCGAUAACCUACCAGACGAAAACGAUGUGGACGAAAUGGAACUUGAUAUUCCUGGUUGGGAAGAGAAGGGUCGAUGGGUGUUCUAUCUAGACCUCAUAACCGACUUUUGUAAACUGGUCGUAUAUCUGACCUUUUUCGCCAUUUUGUUCGCAUUCUACGGCCUCCCCAUUCAUAUCCUGAGAGAUGUCGUUGUCACUAUCCGUUCAUUCGGCCGACGCCUUGUUGAUUUCAUGAAAUACCGUACCGCAACACGAGAUAUGAACGAAAGAUACCCCGACGCCACGGCAGAAGAGAUAGCUCGGGAAGAUACUUGCAUCAUUUGCCGAGAGGAGAUGGUGCCGUGGCAACAACCUGCAGGCGAGGGUAACAGAAGAGCUGUUCCAGAGAGACUUCGACCGAAGAAGCUUCCCUGCGGUCAUAUUCUCCAUUUUGCUUGUCUCAGAAGCUGGUUGGAGCGACAGCAGAAUUGUCCAAUGUGCCGUCGACCAGUGGUUGUGCCACGCAACCAACAGUAUCCGGCAAAUAACGCAAACAAUGAUGGUCUUGCGAAUGCUGCUCCAGGAGCGCAACCGGGUCACAAUCAAGCUGCUGCACCGAAUAAUGUAGCUGGAGAUGGUCAACCCCAGGCUCGGAUAUAUCAAUUCGGACCUUUCCGUAUCGGCUUCGGUGCGGGUCGUGGAGAUGUUUUCAGAAAUUUGCAUCAACAGAUUCAUGAAAACAAUGCACCGCCUGUAAAUAUUCCUCCAGGGGCUCAGCAAAUUGGGUUUGGGUUUGGUUUCGGUCGACAACAUCAACCUCAGCAAAUUCCUCAAGUUCCUCAACCACUUCCGCAAGGCUUGAAUGUUUUACAACCCGCACUGAUGCCCACCAAUCUGGCUAGUAUCCAACAGCAGCUGGCAAAUCUUGAAGAACAAAUUGCCCAGGAAUAUCAAAGUUUACGAGCUACAGCAGAGCAAUUGCAUGUUUUACGUGCUUUGCAAACUGAGCUUCAACAAAUACGGACUGCGCAACAGAACCCUCUACCUUCUCAGCCACUCGCGGAGUCACUACCAACAUCCGCCGCUUUUCCUCCAACGACAACCACAGCAACGACAUCAACUACAGUAACACCACCUGCCACUAUUCAUCAACUCACCGGCCAGUCGGCGACUCCAAUUACUGCUGGUGAUAGUCGACUUCCACAGGGGCUCACACUUCCGCAAGGAUGGACAUUGACUCCUCUCCGUCGGGUGGAGCCUUCGGCCACUACGGCAGCUGCAGGAGUCCCCGCUCCAGUAUCGGUUUCCCCUGCAGUUCUUGAUCCUCGACUGUUCGAGCCUCUUCCUCCACGCGUUUCUGACGACAAUCAAGCAUUACACACCACUACAACCCAAGAAAGCUCAUUCCAGCCUGUUAGCAGUGAAUCCAAUACACCGAACGAAACCGAACAGCCUAGAAAUGAAUAUGACAGAAUCAUCCCUUCAUUCCAAUGGGGAGCUGAGAAUAAUGCCGAACCACAAAAUUCUAACAAGGAUGAUGUCAGUCUAGAGGUCCCCAAUCAAGAUGCGGACACAGCUUCCUCGUCAACGGAUAAAGGAAAAGCCCGAGCCGCAGCGGUAGAAGAUCUCAACGAUGAUGAUAUGGAUUGA